AUAUGUUCAUUGUCACAGUCACAUUCUAUCGUUAACACGAUGAACUAUAUCUUAGCAACAUUAGCCACUUUUACAGUGAUAGUAGUAAUAAAUGCAGUGUAUCAGAAAUUAACCAACGGAGUAUGCAAGUCCAAAAAGAAAUUAGGAGGAAAAGUAGCGUUAGUGACUGGAGGAACAUCUGGUAUAGGACUGGAGAUAGCAAAGGACUUCGCUCGCCGAGGAGCCAAGGUCAUCGUCGCCUGCCCUUUCAAAGAAGAAGGAGAAAAUGCAAAAACGAUUAUCAUGAAAGAAACGGGCCACGAAGUUGUAUUUAAAUUACUGGACCUAGCAUCUUUAAAAUCCAUAAGAGACUUCGCAGCCGAUAUUAUGAAGACAGAAGACAGACUAGAUAUUCUAAUGAAUAACGCCGGUGUUGGGUUACCAGGAGACUUUUAUACACAAGACAAAAUCAACUUUGUAAUGCAGGUCAAUUACUUCGGACAUUUCUUACUCACUUUGCUGCUUUUGCCGCUCCUGAAGAAGUCUGCGUCGAAAUCAGAGCCCAGUCGGAUCGUCAAUACGUCAUCGGGGUUGCAUUUGCUAGGAAGCACAAAUAUAGAGAAACUAAAUCGUACAGGAUAUUGGUAUAAACUACAGCUUUAUAGCAACAGUAAAUUAUGUCUUGUGCUAUUUGCUCAUGAGUUGAGCAAAAGACUUAAAGGAUCCAAUGUUGUAGUGAACGGUUUUGAACCCGGAAUCGUAGGCACGAGAAUAUUUAACAGUUUAAACGUUGUUACAGGCACAAUAAUUACUUUUUUGGCGAAAAUAUUGUUCAAAACUGCUCGGGAUGGUGCACAGACGGCGAUUCACAUAGCGGUAGACGAUGCAGCUGGCAAAGUUUCGGGACAACACUUCAAAGAUUGUGAACUCACGCGUGCUAAAAAGUCGGCCUAUGAUGAUGUUAUAGCUAAAAAACUAUGGGAAGAAUCGACUCGGCUUGUUAAAUUGAGCAAUGAUGAAAUUGAGAAGUAUAUUAACGGAUUUCAAUGAAAUAUUUUCAAAGUUUUAAAUUCUAAUUCAAAAAUAUCUUUAUUCAGUAGGUAACAUAAGUAGUUACACUACGUAUAGUAUUUUUUUACAUAACGCAUUUCUCAUCCGCCUAAAACUACUGCAGCUUCGCACAACCUGUAUAGCCGGGGAAAAGAAGCUGCAAGAAAACGUCGGCCCUAGACGUUCUUUAAAAAAAUCAUAAAAUAUUAUUAUAUUAUUUAGUCAUUUGUAAGGUGUUUAUUUUUUGGUAUUUAAAAAUAUAUUUUUUUCGAUAUAAAUUUCCCUUAAUCAAACUACACCUAGUCAUGAAAAACUUUGCGCACCCAAAAAAUAACAAUUUGUACUCUAAAAUAUAGAACAACGUAGUUACAGUGGUCACACCGAUGAGGAAAUAUAUAUAAGAUAAGAUAAGAUAAGAUAAGAUUCUUUAUUUGCCAUAAAUGCAGUGUGAUAUAAAAUUACCCUAAAACAUA